AAUCUUCUGUUAGCUCUUGCAUUUUUCAUUAUGCUUCAUCACCAUACUUCUUCACUAGCUAAUAUUAGCACUGAUAAAGAUGCUCUUCUUUCCUUGAAAUCUCACAUUUCUUCUGAUCCUAACAACAUCCUAGCAAGAAACUGGUCUUCUUCCAGCCCAGUUUGCAGCUGGAUCGGAAUCACUUGCAGCUCCCGACACAAUCGAGUCACUGCUUUAGACAUUUCUAGCAUGCAACUUCAUGGUACCAUACCUCCACACCUUGGAAACCUCUCAUUUCUUGUUUCCCUCAACAUCCGUAACAACACUUUCCAUGGAGAUUUGCCAGAAGAGUUGGCCCAUUUACAAAGGUUGAAAUCGAUUGAUGUCAAAAGCAAUAACCUCACCGGUGCCAUUCCAUCAUUUUUAAGUUUGUUACCAAACCUACGGUUUGUGUACCUUUCGAUGAAUCAAUUUUCGGGAGAAAUUCCUUCUUUCAUUUCCAAUAUAACAAAGCUGGAAGUGUUGACUGUGCAAAAUAAUUUUCUAGAAGGAGAGAUCCCUCGAGAAGUCGGUGAUCUUCGUUACUUGACUGUCCUAGGCCUGCAAGGCAAUCAGCUUAGUGGGGCUAUACCACCAUCAAUUUUCAACAUUACGACGAUGGAAAUCAUUGCUCUUACAAGUAACAAUCUUACUAGUAAUCUUCCAACAACUAUAUGCGAUCAUCUUCCAAAUUUGAAAGAGCUUUACCUCUCAAAAAACAACCUAGGUGGCUUUAUUCCACCAAACCUGGAGAAAUGCAGAAAGCUUCAAGUCUUGGCAUUGUCGGCCAAUGAGUUUAUUGGAACUGUACCAAGAGAGCUAUCCAAUUUAACAGCUCUACAGAUAUUAGAGUUAGCACUGAAUCAGUUUAGUGGUUCUGUCCCUCCAACCAUUUUCAACAUGUCAGCACUGCGGGCUCUAACACUUGCUGUAAACAAGCUUUCAGGUACUCUACCUUCAGAUUUAGGUCGUGGAAUGCCCAAUCUAGAAGGACUUUAUUGUGGAGGAAAUAAUCUUAGUGGUUUUAUCUCUGAUUCAAUCUCAAAUUCUUCAAGACUCAGAGCAAUUGAUCUCUCAGACAAUAGUUUCACAGGUACGAUCCCGGGAUCACUUGGUAACUUAGAGUACCUUGAGGUUCUGAGCUUUGCGGAAAAUAAUUUUGUCAGCGAUUCAACAUUGGGCUUCCUCACAUCAUUGACAAACUGUAGGAAUCUAAGAGUACUCUGGUUAGGUUAUAAUCCAUUGGAUGGUGUUUUGCCUGCAUCUGUUGGUAAUUUCUCAAACUCACUGCAAACUUUUAGAGGAAAUAGUUGUAAAUUGAAGGGCAUCAUUCCUCGAGAAAUCGGUAAUCUUACUGGAGCGACAAAGAUUGAUCUGUAUAACAAUGAGUUGACCGGACAUAUUCCAAAUACUGUCCAAGGAAUGUUGAGCCUUCAAGAACUUUACCUACAUACCAACAAGAUAGAAGGAACCAUACCAGAUGUUAUGUGCAGUUUAAAGAAUCUUGGUGCAUUAUACUUGUCAGGAAAUCAGUUUUCUGGUUCGGUUCCACCAUGCUUAGGGAAUGUUACUAGUUUGAGGGUACUUUAUCUAGAUUAUAAUAGGCUGAAUUCUAGAUUACCAGCAAGCUUGGGGGGCCUUCGUGAUCUCAUAGAAUUCAAUAUUUCAUCAAAUUUAUUGAGUGGGAAAAUUCCCUUUGAGAUUGGAAACUUAAAGGCUGCAGCACUCAUUGAUCUAUCAAAAAAUGAUUUUUCUGGUAAGAUUCCUACCACUCUAGGGGGUCUAGAUAAAUUAAUUAAUCUUUCUCUGGGACAUAAUAGAUUAGAUGGACCUAUUCCUGAUUCAUUUGGCAAAAUGUUAGCAUUAGAAUUCUUGGAUUUAUGCUACAACAAUCUUAGUGGUGAAAUUCCAAAUUCAUUAGAAGCUCUUGUGUAUCUCAAAUACAUGAAUUUCUCAUUCAAUAAACUCAGUGGAGAAAUUCCCACCGGUGGUCCAUUUGCAAAUUUCACCAGCCAGUCCUUCCUAUCCAAUGAUGCACUAUGUGGUGACUCUCGGUUUAUCGUGAAACCGUGCCCAACCAAAUCUACAAAGAAGUCAAGAAGAAAAGUGGUGCUUACAAGUUUAUAUAUUCUAUUAGGGAUCGGAUCACUCUUUGCGUUGGCUGUUGGAUAUGCGGUGUUAAGAUUUAGAAAGACAAAGAAGAAUGCAAGUCAAGUAGAUGUGUCUCUUGUAAAAGAGUAUGAAAGAAUUUCCUAUUAUGAACUUGAACAGGCAACUGAAGGAUUCAACGAAAGUAACUUGCUUGGUUAUGGUAGUUUCAGCACGGUCUACAAAGGGAUACUUAAGGAUGGUACUCUUUUGGCUGCAAAGGUAUUCAAUGUGCAGUUGGAGGGAGCAUUUAAAAGUUUUGACACAGAAUGUGAGAUACUCCGGAAUCUUCGCCAUAGAAAUUUGACCAAAGUCAUCACCAGCUGCUCCAACAUUGAUUUCAAAGCCCUAGUGCUGGAAUACAUGCCCAAUGGGACACUUGAUAAAUGGCUAUAUUCUCACAAUCUGUUCUUGAAUUUAUUGCAGAGAUUAGAUAUAAUGAUCGAUGUUGCAUCUGCAAUGGACUAUCUCCACAAUAGCUAUUCAACACCAGUGGUGCAUUGUGACUUGAAGCCAAGCAAUGUCUUGCUAGAUCAAGAAAUGGUUGGCCAUGUCAGUGAUUUUGGCAUUGCAAAAUUGUUAGGUGCAGGGGAGGCUUCUUUUGUUCAAACAAGUACAAUUGCAACCAUAGGAUAUAUUGCUCCCGAGUAUGGACAAGAUGGAAUAGUAUCCACGAGUUGUGAUGUUUAUAGUUUCGGCAUCCUGAUAAUGGAGACGUUUACAAGAAUGAAACCAAGUGAUGAAAUAUUUAAUGGAGAAAUGAGCAUACAACGUUGGGUUAGUGAUUCCUUCCCAAGUGAAAUUCAUAAGGUGGUGGAUUCGAAUUUGGUUACGCCAGGGGAAGAACAAAUCGACUCAAAGAUGCAGUGUUUGUUAUCUAUCAUGGAAUUAGCAUUGAGAUGCACUUUAGUAAAACCUGAUGCAAGAAUUAGAUUGAAAGAUGCUCUUUCGAGACUUAUAAAGAUUAGGCUCCAACUUGUCAUAAGUUGCUACUAGGUGUAAUAUAAUUGUACCAUAGCCUCUUGUUUGUUGCUUGAUUACAUAUGUUGGUUGUUUUAAGGUUAAUUCAGCACAAGUACUUUAAUUCUUUCAAUGAGAAUUUGUUGAGGAGGUAUGGCUUUAACUAUUUAGCAAGUAUUGAGGACCACUUCUAUCACCUCACAAC